AUGGCCCUGCUGGUCGCUACGAUGGGGGCCCCACUGCUGGUAAGGAACGUCACGGGCAUGAAAAACGGAGAGAAGGGGAGCGGCUUUCCCGAGCCGCGACCCACUUGUGGAAGAAGCCUUUCCGACGUGCUAACCAUGUCGUAUGAACCUAUGAGGAGGACUAACCUAAACGAAAUUAAAAAAGGGAAAAUCUCUACCCCCCUUAGCAGUGACGUGCCACGUUCCGACGGGUCAGAUGUGCACAAAAUUUUAACUGGAGCAGAACUAACCGAGGAGAUAAUUUCUUUCGGAAUUUUCCCAACCAAAAGACAAGCCUACAAAGCACACGCUCAUCUGAUUGACAUUUUAAAAGCAAACUAUUAUGUGAUGAUGCAAAGAUUGUGGAAGAAUUUUAAACAAUCUGCUUCGAAGAAUCAAAUUCCAGAGAAAGUGCAAAAGAAAAUGUGGGCAGAUUGCGCCAUUGCAAACAGGCAAGAGUUAAAUCGAUUGAACGAAAGUAGCAAAAAAGACUUUUCCUCCUUUCUUAAAAGGCCAAUUAUUUUUUUUAUACAUUUUGAUAACUUUCUAGGCAAUUGCACGAAAAGCUGGAAUGACAGCGUCGACGAAAAUAGAAGGAAAUGGGAACUCCUGUUGGCUCACAGGAUUGCAAGUUACUCUGCUUCGGGGUGA